CUCUGUUUUUGGUUGUUUUGCUUUUAUCUCUUCUGCUACUUCAAUUGGUAUCAGAGCCUUACACAAUGAAUGGCUCAAAUUAGAUUUCAGUUCCUAUCUUGGAUGGGAAGAAUUACAAUAGGUGGAAUGUCCAAAUGAGGGUGCUUUUUGAUUACCACGAGUUGCUAGGUGUGGUGGAGACUGGAGUUGCUGAACUUGCAGAAAAUGCAAAUGAUGCCCAAAAGCACGCCCAUCGUGAGAGCAAGAAAAAGGAUAAGAAGGCAUUAUAUUUCAUCCAUCAAGGGGUGAAUGAUGAAGUGUUUGAGAAGAUUCAAGAUGCAACUACGUCAAAGCAAGCAUGGGAUAUCCUGAUGACGGCGUACAAAGGUGCGGAGAAAGUUAAGAAGAUAAAACUCCAAACCUUAAGACGCCAAUAUGAGCUCCUAGAAAUGGAGUCUUCUGAAACUACCGCCACUUAUGUUAGUCGAGUUCUUGCGUUGACAAAUAAAAUCAAGAUUUAUGGAGAGGAGUACACAGAGCAGACUAAGGUGGAGAAAAUCUUGCGGACACUCACACCAAAAUUUGAGCACAUUGUGGCAGCAAUAGAAGAAGCCCAUGAUUUGUCCCAAAUGACUGUUGAAGAGUUGUCAGGCUCAUUAGAAGCAUAUGAGCAGAGAAUGAAUGAGAAACGGAUAGAGAAGCCGAUUGAGCAAGCCUUCCAAAGCCAAGUUUCCAUCAAAGGUAAUCAAGGUGGUGAAACAAGUCAAAAGCAUGGUGGUUCUCGUGGUAGAGGACGAGGACGUGGUUUUUACUUCAACAAAGGUCGAGGUGAUCAUAACAACAAUUAUGGAGUAGGUGGUGAUGACCAAGAAAAAUCAAACUUUGGCCAUCGACAGAAUGCAAGAGGUCGCGGUCGUGGUCGAGGACGUGGUAGAGGAAGGUAUGACAAAUCUCAUGUUGAGUGUUAUUCUUGUCAUAAACGUGGUCAUUAUUCAAGUGAGUGCAGAUAUAAGGAGAAUGAUCAAAAGGCUCAUUAUGUACAAGAGGAAGAUGACAGUGAAGAUCAUGCUCUUUUGAUGGUUACAUCAACAAAUGAGGCAUCAAAUUAUCACACAUGGUUUCUUGACACUGGAUGUACUAAUCAUAUGUGUGGUAAGAAGGAGUUCUUUGUUGAUCUUGAUGAGUCGUAUCGAUCCAAGGUCAAAUUUGCAGAUGAAAGCACUGUGCCAGUGAUGGGAAAAGGGAGAAUCCUCAUCAAAUUGAAGAAUGGAGAUCAUAAUUAUAUUUCAGACGUGUUCUAUGUGCCGGACAUGAAGAGCAAUCUGCUUAGCUUGGGUCAAUUGCUGGAAAGGGGUUAUAAUAUGCUCCUACGUGAUAAUCAACUCUCCAUUUUUGAUGUAAAAGGUACACUUAUUCUUAAGGCUCCUCUAUCAAAGAAUCGUAUGUUUCGAGUUGACAUUGCCAGUGAGGUUUACACUUGCCUUAGUGCUGUUUUGAAAGAUGAUUCUUGGUUAUGGCAUCUUCGUUUUGGUCAUCUAAACUUUCGUAGUUUGAAGUUGCUUGCUCAAGAAAAUAUGGUGAAGGGCUUGCCUAGCAUAAAUCAUCCAGAGCAAUUGUGUGAGGCUUGUACUCUUGGAAAACACAGCAGGUAUUUUCUUACCUUCAUUGAUGAUUUUACUAGAAAAAUUUGGGUCUAUCUUCUGCAAAAUAAGUCUGAAGUAUUGAGUUGUUUUAAGAAGUUUAAGGCUCAUGUUGAAAGACAAAGUGGUCAUUGUAUCCAAAUCUUACGAACUGAUGGUGGGGGUGAAUAUACCUCCAAUGAAUUUCAUGGGUAUUGUGGAGAACAGGGUAUACAACAUCAAGUUACAUGUCCCUACACUCCACAGCACAAUGGAGUUGCAGAGAGGAAGAACAAAACCAUAAUGGACAUGGUGAGGAGCAUCUUAAAGGCCAAGGGAAUGCCAAAUUCUUUUUGGGGUGAAGUUGUUUCUUGUUCUGUUUAUUUGUUAAACAGGUCUCCAACAAGGAGUUUUCAAAAUGUUACCCCCAUAGAAGCAUGGAGUGGUUUCAAGCCAAGUGUGAAGCAUCUUAAGGUGUUUGGCUCUAUUGCAUUUGCUCAUGUGCCGGCACAAACAAGGACAAAGCUAGAUGAUCGUGGAGAGAAGACCAUCUUUGUUGGCUAUACUCGUGGAGGAUUCAAGCUGUUCAAUCCUGUGACUAAUAAGGUGAUUGUAAGUAGGGAUGUGACUUUUGCAGAAGAUGAAGCUUGGAGGUGGGAUCUGGAUACAAACAAUGACUCCCAAAGGCAAUCUGUCACUAUUCUUGAAGAAGAUUCUCAAGUUACAGCAACCAAUACUAAUGAAGAAGCUGCUGCACCAAGUUAUACUACACCAGAAAAUCCCAUGACACAGACUCUUCCUGAAGUUGGAAGAUCGAGGAGACAAAGACAACCACCAGUUACUUUACAAGAUUAUGAGGUAACAUCCGAUGAUGCUAUUGAUGAUGAUGGAAAUCUGGUGCACUUUGCCAUGUUUGCAGAUUUAGAACCCGUGUUCUCUCCAGUAGCUCGAAUGGAGACCAUUAGAUUCAUUAUAGCUUGGGCUGCACAAAAUCAAUGGAAGAUUAAUCAAAUGGAUGUGAAGUCAGCAUUCUUGAAUGGCCCUCUUGAAGAAGAAGUCUUUGUCAGGCAACCACCAGGAUUCGUGAAAGAAGGAAGUGAAGAUAAAGUGUACAGAUUGAAGAAAGCACUUUACGGUUUGAAGCAAGCACCACGAGCAUGGAACAAGCGCAUUGAUUCAUUCUUUGUCAAGGCUGGAUUCAAGAAAUGUCCUUCUGAACAUGCUUUAUAUGUGAAGUUUAAUGAAUCUGGUGAUAUUUUGAUACUCUGUCUUUAUGUUGAUGAUCUGAUAUUUACAAGCAACAGCACCAGAAUGAUUGAAGACUUCAAGAGGUCUAUGAUGCACGAAUUCGAGAUGACGGAUCUUGGUUUAAUGUCUUACUUUCUGGGUAUAGAAGUGAUGCAAAGAGAAGAUGGGAUCUUUAUAUGUCAAAAGAGGUAUGCCUCUGAACUGUUGAGGAGGUUUCAUAUGCAUAAUUGCAAUCCAGCAAGAACUCCUGUGGAGGUUGGAACUAAGUUGUUCAAGGAGGGUGAUGACGUACGUGUUAAUCCCACUUUCUUCAAGCAACUUGUUGGGAGUUUGAGGUAUCUCACAUGCACACGACCUGACAUCUCUUAUGGUGUUGGAUUGAUCAACAAGUUUAUGGAGUCCCCUCGUCAAUCUCAUUUGCAAGUUGCCAAGAGAAUUAUGAGGUACCUAAAGGGCACUUUUGAUCAUGGUCUAUUUUACUCUUCAUCUAGCAAUUGUGCUCUUGUAGGUUAUUCUGACAGUGAUUGGGGUGGAGACUUAGAUGAUCGUAAAAGCACUACUGGUUAUUGCUUUAAUUUUGGCAGUACAGCUUGUUCAUGGUCAUCAAAAAAGCAGUCGAUUGUUGCACUUUCAACCUGUGAAGCAGAGUAUGUGGCGGUAGCCUCAAGUGCAUGUCAAGCAAUAUGGUUGCAAAGCUUGAAGAAUCAAAACUUUCAAGAUUAAGCAAUUUAGUUCACGGGUUUCAAAUCUUUUCAAAUUAGUCCUCUAUGUUUGUGAAUUUAAUCAAGCCAUCCUCCAUGUUUUUGAGUUUAAUCAAAUUAGUCCAUUUAU